GAAAAAAAAUGGCGAGCAUCAGUUUGCUACGUUUUAAAUCGUUCGACGGCUGUGUAAAGACCAUUCGAGCCUUUCGUGGCACGACUAAUCCUGUGGCGAGGAAACUUAAUAUCCAUCAAGUGCAAUAUCGAGCCGUGUCUGGCUUCCCCUCAAGUGGCAAUUUAACGUCGGGAAGCAUUGAUAAAAACGUCGUCUAUUCUCGCCACGAGGAUUUCCGUCUCGUCGACCAAACAGUUGUGCAACGCAUUUUCGAUCGAGCAUCUCUAUGGCCCAAUCUUACAGCUAUGGAAUGUUGGGUAACAGGUCGAAAAUAUACGUAUGGCAAGUUACGUGAUUUGACCCGUAAUUUUGGCAGUGCAUUGGUUAGAAUGGGUUUCAAACAAGGUGAAGUAUUUGGAAUGGUUUUACCUAAUCUUCCGGAAUUUCCCAUUGUCUUGCUUGGAGCCGCUGGUAUUGGUAUGCCAGUCACAGCAGUUAAUCCGGCCUAUACUGUGGAGGAAAUUGCGCGCCAAUUACAACUUUCUGGCGCCACUGUCGUCGUCACCAUUCCAGAAUUGGCGGGAACCCUUCGUCAGGUGGCUAAACAAUGUCCCGAAAUUCGGCGCCUCCUAGUGGUUGGUAAGCCAGAAGAAGGAUUUGCUUCCUUUGAAGAAAUGUUACAAGAUAAUGGCAAUCUUUUCGACGAGAAUAUCAAGAUCAACCCAACCGAAGACAUUUUUGUACUACCCUAUUCAAGUGGAACAACUGGUCUUCCUAAAGGGGUCAUGCUUACUCAUUCUAACGUCUGUGCCAAUAUUGCACAAAUGGGGCAUCCAGGAACGAUGAAAAUAGCUUUUUGCCCUGCCACAACCAGCCAUUCAUCAGACCUGCAAGAAGUGUUUAUUUGCAUACUCCCGUUUUUUCACAUGUACGGGAUACUUGCCAUUGUUCUGAGUGGUUUGGAUCACGGAGCCAAGAUGAUAACCCUCCCCCGUUUUGAAGCCGAGUCGUAUCUUAAUGCCAUUCAUCAGCACAAGCCGUCGACCCUACAUCUCGUACCUCCACUGGUGUCUUUUCUCAGCCUUCAACCAGAAUUGAAAUUAGAAGCAUUCCAUCGGUUGCAUUCCAUUAUCGUUGGCGCAGCUCCACUAGGACCGGCUGCUGCAACCAGACUUGUCGAACGUUUGCAAAAACAAGAUCUUUUCAUGCAGGAAGGAUUCGGAAUGACUGAGACAUCUUGUGCUUGUCACUUUAGCCCGAUCGUUAACAACCAAAUCGGUUCGUUUGGUGAGCCGCUAUCUCGGACCAAAGUCAAAGUUGUUGAUGUUGACACGGGCGAACCCCUUGGACCAAUGCAACAUGGAGAAAUGUGUGUAUCAGGUCCGCAAGUAAUGAAAGGAUAUUAUAAAAAUCCAAAAGCGACCGCAGAAACUAUUGACAGUGCAGGGUGGCUGCAUACUGGAGAUAUUGCUUAUUACAACGAUCAAAACCAGUUCUUUAUUGUCGAUCGUCUGAAAGAGCUCAUUAAAGUAAAAGGACUUCAGGUAUCUCCGUCGGAACUGGAAGACGUCCUACGACGCCAUCCUGGCGUUUUGGAUGUGGCAGUUAUCGGUGUUCCUGACGAAUUUGCUGGUGAACUUCCUCGAGCUUACGUUGUCAAGAAACAGGGCGUUAUGUUGGCUAAGGAAGAUAUUGUUGAAUUUAUCGAUGCUAAAGUGUCAAAUCAUAAAAAACUGAAAGGGGGAGUUGUCUUUCUUGAAGCUAUUCCGAAAACAGCUACUGGGAAAAUACUUCGAAAAGCAAUGGCGGGGCUCAGCCUAUUGUCGCGUAUCAACAGCUUCCAAAUUGGAGUGAAGGCCAAGCAAACCUUUCGCGUCACGAAUAGUCGUACUGUGCAGCGUUUUGGAUUCAACCUUCAGCAGAUUCGUGCAGUGUCCGAUGCUCCAUUACGCGAGGCCUCCUCGAUCGAUAAGAACAUCGUCUAUUCUCGUCACAAGGAUUUCGAACUCCGUAAUCAAACAGUAGUUCAACGCUUUUUCGAACGAGCUUCUUUGUGGCCCAACCUGACAGCGACGGAAUGCGGCCUGACUGGUCGCAAAUAUACGUAUGGCAAGUUACGUGAUUUGACCCGUAAUUUCGGCAGUGCAUUGGCUCGAAUGGGUUUCAAACGAAGUGAAGUGUUUGGAAUGGUUCUUCCCAAUCUUCCUGAAUUUCCAAUAAUGUUGCUCGGAGCUGCUGGCAUUGGUAUGCCCGUUACCACCGUGAAUCCUAUUUACAACGUGGAGGAAAUUGCGCGCCAAUUGCAACUUUCUGGCGCCACCGUCGUGGUUACCAUUUCCGAAUUGGCGGGAACCCUUCGCCAAGUGACUCAGAUAUGUCCCGAAAUUCGCCGCCUCAUAGUGGUGGGUAAACCAGAAGAUGGAUUCGUAUCCUUAGGAGAAAUGUUACAAGACCCUGGUAACCUUUUCGAUGAAAAUAUUGAAAUCAAUCCGAUGGAAGAUGUUUUUGCGUUACCAUUUUCAAGUGGUACGACUGGACUUCCAAAGGGCGUUAUGCUGAGCAAUGCUAAUGUUACUGCCAAUAUUCAGCAGCUUUUACAUCCUACGGCGAUGAAACUUACCACUCCACCACCAACUCGCAAUGAAACGGACGUCCUUCAGGAGGUGUACGUCUGUAUUCUCCCAUUUUUUCACAUGUACGGAAUGGUUGGUGUUAUGCUGACAGGUUUAGAUUUAGGUGCCAAAAUGGUUAUUUUGCCUCGUUUCGAUGGCGAGUCUUACGUCAAUUCCCUACAUCAGCAUCAUCCAUCAACGUUACAUCUUGUUCCGCCAUUGGUUUUAUUUCUUGGACAUCGCCCUGAUCUAAAAUUGGAAGCAUUUCGUCGACUACAUACCGUCGCUAUUGGCGCUGCUCCAUUAGGGCUAGCUGUUGCCACUAGAUUCGUCGAACGGUUACAGAAACCCGAUCUAUUGAUGCAAGAAGGAUGCGGGAUGACGGAAACAACCUCUGUUACUCAUCUCAGUCCGGUUAUAAACAACCAGAUCGGUUCGUUUGGAGAGCCAUUAUCUCAGACCAAAGUCAAAGUUUUGGAUGUAGAUACCGGCAAAUCUCUGGGACCAGGACAACAUGGAGAGAUGUGUGUGUCGGGUCCGCAAGUAAUGAAAGGAUAUUUUAAAAAUCCGAAAGCCACCGAAGAAACUAUUGACAGUGAUGGUUGGCUGCAUACUGGAGACAUGGUUUAUUAUAACGAACAAAAUCAGUUUUUUAUUGUCGAUCGAUUGAAAGAGCUUAUUAAAGUGAAAGGUCUCCAGGUGUCCCCAUCAGAGCUGGAAGACGUUCUAAGGCGCCAUCCUGGUGUUUUGGAUGUGGCAGUUAUCGGUGUCCCUGACGAUGCUGCUGGUGAACUUCCUCGCGCAUAUGUCGUCAAAAAGCCCGGCGUUGUGCUAUCUCAAGAAGAAAUUGCUGAAUUUGUUAACGCCAAAGUUUCCCAUCAUAAGAAGUUGAAGGGAGGAGUUUAUUUCCUAGAUGCUAUUCCCAAAACAAACACUGGGAAAAUUCUCCGCCGUGAACUAAAAAGAAUGUCUCAAUAACUAUCGCAGAUCUGA